AUGGAUUCACAAGGACCGGACCUGAGGCGAAAUGCGGCAGUGCCCACGCAACAAAAGGCCUUCUCGACAGCACCUCGGGUCCUAGCUAUGCCAAAGAGUGCACCACUCAUUGCACAUUUACAGGGGCAAGGACAGGAUUCGCAGGACUCGAAAGCUCCCGAGCCAGGGAUUCGGCUCCAUGAGAACAAAGCUGCGAAUCCAUUCAAACUGGCGCGGUCGGGGUAUGGAGGAACUGGCUCCGGAGUCAGCCAGGGUGUGAUUGCAGGAGCAGAGUUCGCCCGCGGGCCGCUGCAGCCGACCUGGGCCGCUGAGCUCGCGGGCGCUCGGCCGGCCGUGACCGGAGCUCCAAAGACGGAUCUCGGACUUCCCCGGGACUCCCAGAGACAUGAUCAGCCCCUGAAGGGCGAAGGCUCGCUGCAAGAAGUAUCGGCCGGCGCGGCUGCCGCCGUGCUGUCAGCUUGGCAGCGAGUGCGACAAGGACUCGUGGCGCUGGCCUCUGACGCAGAUCAAGCGGCAGCAGGUGUGCAGCUGGCUGACUGCGAGCAUGCAGCGACACUGGUUCAUGCCGGUCUUGCUGACAUGUCGGCAGCAUUGGAGGCCUCAGCCAAGCGACUAGACGCGAUGCGCCGGCCAGAGUUGCUCUUCUGCUUUCCUCGUCGAUGGAUUGGUCGAGAUCUGCACAAUCUCGUUCAGCUGGGAACCCGGCCCGGGCGAGCAACUGAACGGAAGAUGCGUUUCAUGGACAUGGCUGCGCUGGUCGCCGCGCAGCUCCAAAGGAUGACGAUCUCUCCUCAGGAGGAGAAGAUGUGGAAGAGCUUCACCCAACUUGCGAUUGAGGAGGCGGAAGUGGGAGUCCUUGGGACAAAGCAAUCCUUCGGAAGGCACCUGCAUCUCAAAGGCGGAGCAACUGGCCAGAUUCAGCUCAUGCAGGACUGGGAGUGGCCCUACAUGUUUGCCUUGGCGGACGUGGGUUUUGAUCUUGCCCUGCGCCACGGACGACUUGGCGGCCUCUCAAAGCUCCGAAUCCUGGAAAUUGGAUGGGGCCAGGGGAUCAGCGGCCGUCGGCUUCUGGAUAAUGCGGAGAGAGCAGGAAGUGGCCUGCCACAACUGCAAAUCGAGUAUGAGGUUGUGGAACUGCAUCCCGCGGUGGCAGCAGACGCUCGACGGGAGGCCGAGACAAGAAAGAAGGCCUUCCACGUUCACGAGGGACCGUGGCAGAAGAUUCUGCCAGAGCUUCCAGCACAGUCGUACAACCUACUCUUCUACGACCCUUUGAACAUCAGCCCGAGAUAUAUUGGGGAGCAACAGCGCUUCGAAAGCUGGGGCCUUCCCAUGUGUGUCUUCGAAGCGCUGCAGUUCUAUCGAGUCCUUCGUCCCGGGGGUGUGGCUGUGCAAUAUGCAGUUUCUCACAGGACCUCGACUGUGGAGCUGUUGCAGCGUCAGAUUGCCCCAUUGUUCAGUGCGCUGAGCUAUCCGGGCUACGAGCAGAAGCCAGAAGCUGAGAAGCUGAAGUGCGGUCCAGAAAGCCAAUUCGGAAGCCGUGCGGCGCCACCUCGAGCAUUGAAAGGCGAACUCCUCCUAUGGACUUACCUCGGCUUGCAGCUCCAUCGCGAAAAGAAAGAAAAUGGUUGGAGCUGCGUCGUUGGGCAUGCCAUGUCGGCAAAGCUGCAGGAGCGUGGGUUGGAAACCUGCAGGGACAUCCAAUCUUUGGAGCAGGGACGACUGCGUGAGUGGUUUGGCGCCAAGGGCGAGACCCUUUGGCUCAACGCGCAAGGCCUCGACCAGGCGAACGCUGUCAGUUCGGCACCUGCACAACGGAAGUCCGUCAGUGCUGAGAUGAACUGGGGAAUUCGAUGCCAAGAUCGAGCUGCUGCCGUCAAGAUCCUCUCAGAGGUAUCGCAACAGCUUUCCGAGCGUCUUCUUGCCUGCGAUUUGCGUUCCAUUCAUCUGACCUUGAAGCUCAAGCUUGCCGUGCCGGGUUGGGUAGAGCCGAUCAAGAGAGGUGGCCAUGGCCAGUGCGACGACGUGAGUCGCUCUGCGCCCCUUCCUGAUGCAAGCAACGAGCCCGCCGUGCUCCUCAGGACUGCACAACAGCUCUUUGAUGCCUUGUCUCCAGAUCCGGUUAGGCUGCGCGGAGUUGGGCUUGCCGCCAAACUUGGCACCACUAGCGCAAGCUCACGCAGCCCUCAGAAAGCGGCUGUGGGCACUUCCAGCUUAACCAGGUGGCUGAAGCGUGGACCGACAGAUAACUUGGAGAAGGCGGCAGAAGACCCCACAGCAGCCUUGGCGGACUCACACAUUGUCGUGGACCUGGAAGGCUCCGAGCAGAUGCAGGAGCCGGACAACAGAAACCGCGUGGAGUGCCCCGUGUGCUCCAAGCUCCUGAACAAGGACGAAGCAGACGCUCAUGUGAACGCGCACUUCGAAUCUGCAGAGCCGCCUGAGAAGCGCUUGCGCCUUGCAGUUCUGGCGGAUGACAGCGAGUGCGAGCUGGUGGAGUGA